ACACGGAAUAUUCGAGAUAUACUCACAACCAGCUGCCAUGAUUCCUUUAUCAUCGGAUCUACUUACGCUACAAAACCAUCCAUGCCUUAUUACGGACAUCUCAUUAUGAAUGCAAUGUACAGAGCAUCUAAUGAUAUUAGGAACGAGAGUCGCAUUAUUUUCGCAAACAGAGGUAACGGGCAGACAAAGAUAGAAAAGUUAACUAAUACUGAUCAUAUGGUAUUCACCAACAUGGGCACUUUCUUUGUCAGCGAGGCUUUAGGUGGUGUUCUAAGAAUAAGAAACGGACGUGUGGCGUGUAAUGUUAUGUGCGAUGAAUAUCAGGAACCGAUGCCACUAUUUUAUGAUUUUAUUGAAGGACAGCAAUGUCCCGAGAUAGAUCUGAAGUCAGAUAUGAUAGCCGUGGGCGCAAUAAUUAACGAUAAGCCAGAACUAUUGCCUCGGGAACAGCGUUACGGUCUUAAUCUGUACAAUAGAAGUGAGUUCCAUUGUUUCUCUAAUUAUGAAGCAGGCGGACAAUUUAUUAGCGAUACUACUCCCGAUACGACGGAAUAUGAAGGUUACUUUAAUGUAGCGGAACAGAUGAAUUUAAUAUUAUAA